UGACACCCAGCGGAAGUAAACAAUACAAACGCCAGCGUUAGCUGCAUGUAUUAAAUUCACUAGAAGUCUUUAUUGUAAUCGUAGUACCGCUAAUUAUUUAAUUUGUAAUUAAGCAACAAUGUCUUCAGUUGAGUGUUUGAGAGAGUUUGUCAACGAGCGACUAACUGCUGCUGCUGAAGAAAUAUUCGGAGUUUUUAAAAGAACUAUCGUCGAGUACGAAGAAGAGAUCGAUCGUCAGCGCAGACUGCUGGAUAUCGUUUGGAAACCCGAAAUAAAGUUACACAGGAUAGAGCUCCCACAGCAACAUGUCUGGAAGGAGGAGGAGGUUCUGGCUGACCAGCAGCUCUGUAUUCAGGAGAGGAACUCCAGUCUGGACCAAGAGGACCCAGAGCCUCCACAGAUUAAAGAGGAACAGGAGGAACUCUGUACCAGUCAGGAGGGAGAGCAGCUUGUACUGAAGCAGGAGACUGAUACCUUUAUGUUGACUCCUACUUAUGAGGAAAGAGACCACAGUGAAGCAGAACUGAAAAGUGACCACCAGCUCCUCUCUCACAGCUGUCAUGUAGCUGAGAGCCAAGAUCAGAAAGGAGGCGAGCAUGAAGACUCAGGAUCAACUAGAGAUGCAGAGCCAGAACAAAAGAAUCAAGAUCACAAAAGCAGAAGCCACAGAAACAAUGUAAACAAGUCUACCAUGUCAGAGGUUCACCAUAAUCCUCACACAGAGCUCCCACAGCAACAUGUCUGGAAGGAGGAGGAGGUUCUGGCUGACCAGCAGCUCUGUAUUCAGGAGAGGAACUCCAGUCUGGACCAAGAGGACCCAGAGCCUCCACAGAUUAAAGAGGAACAGGAGGAACUCUGUACCAGUCAGGAGGGAGAGCAGCUUGUACUGAAGCAGGAGACUGAUACCUUUAUGUUGACUCCUACUUAUGAGGAAAGAGACCACAGUGAAGCAGAACUGAAAAGUGACCACCAGCUCCUCUCUCACAGCUGUCAUGUAGCUGAGAGCCAAGAUCAGAAAGGAGGCGAGCAUGAAGACUCAGGAUCAACUAGAGACGCAGAGCCAGAACAAAAGAAUCAAGAUCACAAAAGCAGAAGCCACAGAAACAAUGUAAACAACUCUACCAUGUCAGAAGUUCACCAUAAUCCUCACACAGGUAAAAACUCCUUCAAAUGUGACACAUGUGGAAAAGAUUUUAACUAUAAGUCUAUAUUGCAGAUUCACCAGCGAAGUCACACAGGUGAGAAGCCAUAUUCUUGCAGCAGCUGUGGAAAAAGAUUUAGUAACACAUCACAAUUGAACGUUCAUAUGAGAAUCCACACAGAUGAGAAACCAUUUUCUUGCAAAACAUGUGGGAAAGACUUCAGAACUAACAGUAACUUGAAACUCCACAUAAGAACCCACACAGGUGAGAAACCACAUUCUUGCAAAACAUGUGGGAAAGAUUUAAGAACCGUCAGUGCCUUAUAUGUCCACAUGAGAAUCCACACAGGGGAGAGGCCGUACCUUUGCAAGACCUGCGGAAAAAGAUUCAUUCAGAUGUCAGGUUUAUCAAGUCAUAUGAGAACCCACACAGGUGAGAAGCCGUAUUUUUGUGAAACAUGUGGAAAAUAUUUCAGAAUUAGUAGUCAGUUGAAACUCCACAUGAGAAGUCAUACAGGUGAGAGGCCAUUUAUUUGCAAGACCUGCGGGAAAAGAUUCUCUCAGAUUUCAGGCUUAUCAGGUCACAUGAGAACCCACACAGGUGAAAAGCCGUAUUCUUGCAAAAUAUGCAUGAGAUCUUUUAGACAGAGUGGUGGCUUGACAGUCCACAUGAGAACGCACACAGGUGAGAAGCCGUACCUUUGCAAGACCUGCGGAAAAGGAUUCUGUGACACUUCAACAUUGACCUCACAUGUAAGAAUCCACACGGGUGAGAAGCCAUAUUCUUGCGCAACAUGUGGGAAAUCUUUUAGACACAGUAAUAGCUUGGCGGUCCACACGAGAACCCACUCUGGUAAAAAGCCAUAGCUUUGCAUGAUCUGUGGGAAAAGAUAGGUGUUUGCAUCUAAUUUGACACAGCUAAGAAGAUCACAUACAAGCAAGUAGUCUUGUAUUUGCUAAACAUGUGGGAGACGAUACAGUUUUAGAGGUUUGUG